UAUUUUGCUAUCAUAGACGCAUGCGAUUGGUCCACCUCUGAUCAGAUGGUAUAGUUCCCCUCUGCCCCACACUGGCACCUCGCCACCCCCCUUCAGCAAAAACCCAAUCUCCGAUAAACUACUAAUAGCUAAACCACUUGGACUAUAAAACACAACAAAUCAUAAUCCCUGGAAAAGAACGGUGCACUCCCAAUGAGUUCCUAUUUUGUAAACUCAACUUUCCCUGUGACUCUGCCCGGCGGACAGGAGUCUUUCUUGGGACAGAUACCGUUAUACUCCUCCGGAUACACGGAUCCUUUAAGACACUAUCCCACCGCCGCCUAUGGAGCUACCAAUGUGCAAGACAAGGCUUACCCGUCCUCUUAUUAUCAGCAAGCGAGCGGUGCCUACGGUCGGACCAGUACUACCGGUGCAUGCGACUAUUCGACGGCCAGUUUUUACAGAGAAAAAGACGCCGCCUGUGCGCUUUCAAGUUUAGAAGAGCACUCGCUCGUUUUAAACCAGGAUCAGCGUAAAUCAGACUGCCCGGGACAGAAUAAAAGCAUAUUCACUGAUGGCGACGAAAUGAAGUCUUCUGCCCCGGUCUACCCCUGGAUGCAAAGGAUGAAUUCGUGCAAUGUGCCAGGGAACUUUAGUGGAAAAAGAGUGUCGCCCUGGCAGUCAGCUCACAGGCUAGAGGGAGCCUGCCCAAAGCAAGGAACCUUCGGCAACACUGGCCGCAGGGGUCGUCAGACAUACACCCGAUAUCAGACACUGGAGUUGGAGAAAGAGUUCCAUUUUAACAGGUAUUUGACCAGACGGCGUCGAAUCGAGAUUGCGCACGCCCUAUGCCUGACUGAACGGCAGAUAAAGAUAUGGUUCCAGAACCGACGGAUGAAGUGGAAAAAAGAAAAUAAACUGAUCAACUCUUCACAAUCCAACGCAGAAGAGGAGGAAGACAAGAGGACAGAAUGACGACAAAGAUGCAAUAAUAAUAAUAAUAAUAAUAAUAAUAAUAAUAAUAAUAAUGGAUGCAGAUAAACUCGAAAUAAAAUCAAGAUUUUUUCCCGUUAUUUGCACCGGUGAAGUUGUGUUUCGUAAGUUUGCUGUAGCAUUCCAGUUGUCCUCCCUACUAUAUAUAUAUAUAUAUAUAUAUAUAUAUAUAUAUAUUCCGUGAAACCGAUUUCCUGAUUGUGUCUUGUAUUCUCAUUUAGAAUUUUUCUCCCAUGACGUAUAUUGUCGUGCUCAAGAAGACUAUUUCAAAUAUAUGUCAUGUUCGUGUUCUUGUUUAAAUUGUAAAAAUUAAAAAAGCCAAUUCUUUGCAUGAUUAAAUUGCAUAUUUCUUUCGUAAGUUAAAUACCUGGGGUCUAGAUGUGACUUUAUUUAUAGUUUAAGGACAACCAAUCUACUGAAACAGAGCUACCUAGACUAGCUCAGAAGCAUAUAUUUUAUUAACUUUAUACGUGGUUGUGUUUGUAGCUUUGUCACGAGAGCUAUAUAAAGGAAGAAUCCCUCAGUAAACAUGUCUCAACUUGUUAAUCUGUCAUAUUUUAAAGCGAAGCUGGUCUACGUCUGUUGUAUCAUGGACAUUUAUUCAGACAACACCUGAGGGCGGUGCCACUGUGAAAAAUCACAUUUCAUUUCCAGUUAUGUCCAAAUAAAUUGUCUUACUGAGAUUA